AUGAAGGAGCUUAAGUUCCACAAAGAAUCAGAAUGCCAAAGACUCAAAGUACCAAACAAGGACAAUAUAUAUUCUGGAUAUUUUAAAUUUGCAACUCAGAACACAGCAGUAUACGAUGGAUACUGCUUUGUAGAAAGCAGGAACGAAAUUAUGAAGAUUUGCGUGGAAUGUGACAAAGUCUUUGCAAAGAAAGACCAGAUAGCGAUCCUAAGGAGCAGCAAGCUUGAGAUAUUUAAAAACAAUCAACUAGUUAAGACAAUUCAGAUCAAGGGGUCUAGCAACAUACGCGAUUUUCUGUUAAAUUUUGAGGAAGAUCUGGGGAGAGUUGAAGAUUCAAGUGAUAUAUUCAUGGUCGAUGAUAAGGAAAUGGCCAUAAACAAGCAAAGGAUACUCUUUGAUGGAAACGAAUAUCCGAAUGAGAUUUACGAGCCAGGCUGUAGGCAUUUUGUAGCAUGGAGGGAUAAAGUGGCCGUCGUUGGAAAUAGUAAAAGUUUUAAUUUCGUGUAUUUUUAUAAUGGCGAAAUGGCCGAGGCUGAAGAAUACAGUCCACUGUCUGUGCGAACAGACGAAGACUCUCUGGAUUCAGUCCCGCUAGUUGACAUUAAGUUCUGGAGAGACAAGCUCCUGCUGAUUGACGAAGCUUUCAUUAAUGUUUUUGCUAUGUCAGGUCUUGAGAAGGUGUCUGAAACUGAUAAAGCUGUUGUUGAGUAUAGUAUCAAAGACGGGAAGCUUAUUCAGUCUGAGAUCUCAGGCAUGAUAUUGGACAAAGAGCCCUUGAAACUGUUGGAGCCUGGGAAUGAACUGCUGCCUGGUGCAAUUUCGGGUCCUAAGAUUUCAAGCAUUAACAACGUGGCAUCCACAUCUGCCUGUGAGAACCAGAAGACAGGGAAUUACAAUGCAACAGAACCACUACUGUCUACAUCAAAUGAUCAUUUGAACAUGCCAACUGAAUGCACAAGAAAAAACGGGUUGGUGCCAGAGAAACUAGAUGCGAAUAGAGCAGACGAAGAAGCCAGACAACUUGACAUAGAGUUCACACAGAGAAUAACAUCUAUAAAAAAUUCGUUUUCUCAACUGCAGAAGAAGACUGCUGCGCCAAGGUGCAUGGUGCUUGUUCCAUCAAGGUUUGAUUUUGAGGGGCUUUAUAAUUUAAUUUUCCACAAUCAUACUAAGGAGUAUGAGGACGUGCUAUCAAAUAUGAUUUUCCAGAUUGAGAGUCUUCAAUCGAUAUCUGAAAGCAAUAUUUCAGAGAGUAUAAAAUAUUUCGAUUCUAAAAUAUUUCAGAAAAAGUCAGUUAAAAUACCUGUUAAAUACCAUGAUCCACUGUGUGCGAAGCUAAACACCUGCUUGAAAGUUUCGAAUCCGUUUGACGAUCUUUUUGAGGGGAUUAAAGUUUUAAAUGUCCAAGAAUCGAAUGUCUUUCCCAAGUUUGAGCCGAAAGAUGCUCAGGCUGAAAGUGCUCAGAACAAAGAUACUCCGAAUGAACAUGGUGCAAAGGCUGAAGUAGCAUCUAAGAUCCUUGAUCAGCAGCCCGCUGUUUCAGCCGACCAAAACAAGCCAAUCGAUGGUACGUUUACUGGCGUUGGCCAGAAUGCACCGUCUGCAAAUGAUUUGAACAGCCAAGCUGGUGUGAAUCCUAGAAAGCCAGCUUCAUCAGUCAUUAAUGUUGGCAAUGCAGGACCUAGGACCGCCAGCCUAUCAAAUAGCCAGCCAAUCUCCAUCCCAUUUGGUGCCAGCAUAAGAGAUUCUAGCAGAUUUGUCGCACCUGCCAACCAACCAAGCGUUUCUCUUUUCAACAACACUCAACAAGGUGUGAACAGUAAUCUUUUUGUUCGGGAUACCUCUUCUCUGUUUAGCGACAUUGCUUCCACCUCAUUAAACAUGUCCGGCACAAAUACACAAAAUGCAUCCACAGCAAUGAAUCCAGCUCAAGAUGAGACUGGUAGUACACAUGUCAGUGCGUUCAAUCGCUUGGCAGGUUCUCGUCGACUAUUUAAAUAA